AUGCCCUUCCCGUUCCGUCUUAUCGGUGACCUUUUGGAGUCACUAGACAAUGUGAGGCAUGGUCCAGCACAAAAUGGAGCUCCGUAUCAUGUCGUCGUGGCCGACUGGUUUCGACUUCAUCGCCAGAGACUUCACGCACCUGAGACGGACGCCUGCGCUGUAUUGUCGACCCUCCUGCCCGAGAGGAGGACAGACCGCGUCUUCUUCAUACAGACGACGAAACUUGAGGGCAUCAUUGGCCAGGCCUUGACCUUAGGCGCCUCUCGGGUCAAGGAAUUGCGUCGGCAUCGAGAACCAGGCCUUGGUAUUGACCUUGCCGAUUGCGUCGAGAAACUUCUAUUCGUGACUCCGAACCCGGUAUCAGACGGCGUGACUGUCGAGGCCAUUGAUGUUGCGCUCGGAGAAGUCGCGUCGAGAUGCAAAUUCAGCUCGCCCGCCGUACGUGCUGCGCGGAAGCGCACUGACGGCUGGUCCACACAAGAAGCCUUGGGUGACAUAUAUCGCCAGCUGAGUGCACGCGAUGCGAAAUGGUUUACUCGGCUCGUAUUGAAGGACUUUCAAGGUGCUGCUCUCGAUCACGACCAGAUUUUGCGCCACUACCACCCCUUGCUUCCCCAAAUGCUCAAAAUCAGAGACGAUCUAGGCUUGACCACGGCAUUCUUAAGACAGAUCAGGCACAAGCAAGACGAUUAUGGUCACAUCGGUAGCAUCUUGAAGCCAAAAUUAGGUGUCAAGGUCGGGCGACAGCCUUGGUACAAAGGGAGGAGUAUCAAGCACUGCGUGGAUAUGUGCAGACGUCGCACCGUCAGCUGCGAGCAGAAACUAGACGGCGAAUACUGCCAGAUUCACGUUGACCGCAGCAAAGGUCGACAAUGUAUCCAGAUAUUCUCCAAGAGUGGCAAAGAUAGCACUGCCGACAGGAUAGGAGUGCACGACGCGAUUAGAGAGUCACUGCGAAUCGGCAAGUCGGAUUGUCCAUUCAAGUAUGGAUGCAUACUGGAGGGCGAACUUCUUGUGUACAGUACAAAGGAUCAAGCCAUACUUCCCUUUCACAAAGUUCGGAAACAUGUCUCAAGAUCAGGAGCCUUCCUUGGGACAGAAUAUGAUUCACAACCGCAUGACUACGAGCAGCUUAUGAUUGUCUAUUUCGAUGUCCUUCUCAUCGACAAUGAAUCCAUGUUGCCUGUUCGCCAGACAGAGCGGCGCAAACGCCUCGCUGAACUGGUCACCUGCUUACCUGGAACGUCUGAUCUUGUCCCCCACGAGCUAAUACCAUUCACCAAAAGUACGGCACCAGCACAACUACGAACAGCCUUUGCUGCCUCCAUUGUCAGCCGAACGGAGGGCUUGGUGCUCAAACCGGAUGGGCCUUACUUCGAUUUUUCUUCUGUCCCUAGACCCCACGCCAGCGGCAAUAUCAAGCUCAAGAAGGAGUAUGUUCAGGGCUGGGGUGAUGUUGGGGACUUCGCCGUGGUCGGCGCCUCAUAUGAUGCCACGAAGGCCAAGUCGUACCCCCUACCACCUCCGAGGUGGACACAUUUCUACAUUGCAUGCUUGAAAAACAGAAUCCAGGUUCUCGCAAAGAACGAGAAGCCUCAGUUCUGGCAUAUCAAUGUCGUCGAGCUCAAUAAUACCCUCAUGAGUAGCUUCCAAAGAUAUUGCCGACCAGUUGAGGUCGCCUUCCACGAGAACGAUGUGUUUGACAUAGACGCCAAGAGCUUUGGCGGAUCAAACAAGCCCGCUGUCAUCUUUGUAGAGCCACUUGUCUUUGACAUGCGGUGCUUCUCCUUUGACAAGAAUUCGAAUAGCCCUUUUUGGAGCAUGCGGUUUCCGAUGGUAUCCAAGAUCCAUUUUGAUCGUUCGUUCUUGGAUACAAUGACUUUUGAAGAGCUUCAAGCUACAGCAGAAGAGAGCGCAGCUGUGGUUGAGCAGGAGGACAGCCAAGAACUCCGGCGAUGGAUCUCAGGUCUGGAGGAAGCUGACCCGCGAGGGGUGGCGGUCGACGCCAUCAGCUCUCAGGGCACCUUUUCAGAAGCGUGCCUGACACCGUCACCUGUGCGGCGAAGAAACCUCAAAGUCAGUAGGGCCCUGGGGGCCAUAGUCGAAGAGCCACCCACCGCUCCGGACGCCACAACACGUUCUGGGGGAAAUAUCCGCGGCCGACUGCCCAUGACUCCACCUCGAUCGUCGGCGGUCCAAGUCACUGAAGCGUGUGCAGAGACGCCUGAUCAACGGGAGGACGACUCUUCCGAAGCUCGAAAGUGUGCCGCAGAGCCUAGCAUGCCUAGCUUAUCGCGCAAGAAGUCAUGCAGCAAGCCUUCGGCAAGACAGAGCAGACAGACCAGCGCGCCUGGUGGACUGCCAGGGCCAAGCCAAGCAAGAUCCCACGGACGUUCACCUUUGAGUGAAGUUGGUCUCAACAUCUCAUUUCAUGACCAUCGGCUAUCGCAGACCCGUCCCGGUGACCAGUCACCACCUGUGCACGAUGCUGAUUCGCCACAGGCUCUUUGCCGCAGCUCGCCUAACCCGCAACAUGAUGGUAGCAAUAGCAGAGACCAGCAGAUGAGAACUGAGUCGCGAUCGCGAGUACAAAAACAAGCCGAUGUGGCCGUCAGCCCUGGAGCCAGCCAGGCGUCAGCUUGUCCGCACAGAGGGUCCGGCUGUGCUUUGGCUGGACGGUCUGUUUUGCUGUCGCCUUGUAUUGCAUCCUAUGCUUUCGUGUCCGAGACACUGCUUCAUGCUCACGGCAUAGAUCACUGGACGACAGAUCCUACCCACUGGAGCCCCUGCAGUAGGCUCGGAGUAGUGACACGUGGUUUACCAGCUUCCAGCGCUCCUGCUCACAGCAGUGCUCCUGCCAUAGUGGCCUCGUCGAAUCAGGAACAUCAAAGCAGCAGGCACAGUCACGAUGUCAGUGCCCGCAGGACCUCUGAACAUUUACGAGGUCCCAAGACGCGCAAGAUAUGCUUCGUCGAGUCCCGACGAAAGGAGGCAACUGCUGCUUUCCUCAAGGUCAUUGAAGAGACAAACCUGCGAAAGGAUGCGUCGUCUCGGAAAUCCCGGAAGAGAAGACGAGGAAGCCCGCGCAGAACGAGUCAAGACCAGACAACGGAGGCUGUCGGGCGGAGGGACUGGGUAGCCGUAUAUGACUGGCACGUGCUCGAGGUGCUCACAGAUGUCGAGAUGGGCAAGAUACCCAUGCCCAAGACUGACCCGUGGCGCAGGUUCUGGGUUGGCCUGGCUUGA